AGGUGUGCAGUGACAGUUCCGGAACGGAAAUGGAACGUUGGAUCGGAAAGGUUGCGGUCGUAACGGGUGCCAGCUCGGGUAUUGGGGCGGCCGUUGUGAAGGCUCUGGCCGGGGCCGGUAUGAUCACCGUCGGUCUGGCACGCCGUGCCGAACGAGUCGAGGCAAUGCGAAAGGAGCUACCGGCGGCUGUGGCCACCAGGAUACACGCCCUCAAGUGUGACGUAACGAACGAGGCCUCGAUCUUAGAAGCUUUCGCCUCGGUACAACGGCAAUUCGGUGGCGUCGACGUACUGAUCAACAAUGCGGGAGUUUCGCGACAGGAAGUGACACUGGUUAGCCCCGGAAAUACAGAGGAUUUGCGGGCCGUGCUGGACACGAACGUGUUGGGUUUAGUUUUGUGCACUCGUGAGGCGUUCAACAUGAUGCGCUCCCGUUCCGUCGAUGGGCACAUCGUCAAUCUGAACAGCAUCCUGGGUCAUAAGUACGUGCCGUUUCCGAAUCUCAAUAUGUACAUGGCCUCCAAGUACGCCGUGACGGCCAUAACGGAAACGUUGCGGAACGAUUUCCGUAACGAAAACACCCGCGUGAAAGUGACGAGCAUCAGCCCGGGCAUCGUGCGGACGGAGAUGCUACCAGAAGGCGACCAGUUCGCCGGGACGCCCAUGCUGGAGGCGGAAGACGUUGCGAAUGCGAUUCUGUACGCGGUCGGCACACCUCCGCACGUUCAGGUGCACGAGAUAAUCAUCAAACCGGUUGGGGAAACGGUGUAGCUGUAAGGUCAAAAAUAAAUUUUCAGAUCGUCAUCGAGAUCGUCAUCAGAUCUUGUUCCUUGUUGGGCAAAUAGUCAUAAAUAAUUUGAGAAGACAAUAAAAAGGUUAGAAGAAUAGUCUAUUUACCUAUCGGUAUCGGUACAAGCGUCACGUGGCAGCAGCAAUGUUUGCGGAGAACCGGAGAAUCCUACUCAUUCCGUGCAAAACGCCAUCUCAUCAUGCUGUUCGUGACCAAUAAAUCUGCUGAUUCACUUUGUAGUACACACACGGGACGGAGGACAUUAGCAAUCGCUCCGGCUGAUAAGUGUGCCAACUAACUGUGAGACUCCAAGUGGACAAUAGAAGCACGUGCUUCGAAACACAUUGCUUCCGAGCGCACCGUGAAAUAUAUCAAUGUGAGAGGUUUUACAGGAAAUAUUUCUAUAGCGGAAACAUU